UCGAGCUAAACCCCGAUGACCCGAUCCACCUCCAAUCUAUAUAGUAGUCCCAUUCGCUCUCCGGCGUUUCCCAUCGAAUUCUAGGGUUUAUCCUCUCCCGCCGCCUCCGACGCCGGCGUAUACCUCGGUUCUCCGGCAUGGCUCAGCAGAUCAGCAAGAAGCGGAAGUUCGUCGCGGAUGGCGUUUUCCUGGCGGAGCUGAACGAGAUGCUGACCCGCGAGCUCGGGGAGGACGGCUUCGCCGGCGUCGAGAUCCGGGUCACCCCCAUGCGCACCGAGAUCAUCAUCCGCGCCACCCGCACGCAGAACGUCCUCGGCGAGAAGGGUCGGAGGAUCCGGGAGCUGACGUCGGUGGUGCAGAAGCGCUUCAACUUUCCCGACGGCAGCGUGGAGCUCUACGCCGAGAAGGUCAUGAACCGCGGCCUCUGCGCCGUCGCGCAGGCCGAGUCCCUCCGCUACAAGCUCCUCGGUGGCCUCGCUGUCCGAAGGGCAUGCUAUGGUGUACUCAGGUUUGUCAUGGAAAGUGGUGCCAAGGGCUGUGAGGUCAUUGUGAGUGGGAAGCUUAGGGCACAGCGUGCUAAAUCCAUGAAGUUCAAGGAUGGGUAUAUGAUCUCUUCCGGCCAUCCAGUCAACCAGUAUAUCGAUGGAGCUGUGAGGCAUGUUCUUCUCAGACAGGGUGUUCUGGGUAUCAAGGUUAAGAUUAUGCUUGACUGGGAUCCUAAGGGUAAACAGGGGCCAUCUACACCUUUACCUGACCUUGUUACCAUCCAUCCUCCCAAGGACGAGGAUGAUUUUUUGAAGCCCCUUGCAGCAGAAAUAGCAGUUGCUUAAAAGUAAAAAAGUCGCAGCUGCUUAGGAAGAUUAGGUGAACUGAUGUUUGGAGUUGAGAUUUUGUAGUUAUUAUAUUUCUGCAUCAUUUAAGUGUCUGUUAACAUUAUUGCUAGAGAAGUCCUUUACCUUCUAUAAAGUUGCAAAUAUCAGCAACUUAAUAUAAGCCUUUAAGAUUUCGUCCUUA